UCAGUUCCAUUCCCAUCAGCGCUGAUGGAGUGAGAACACCUCCCUCUCUCCCUCUCUCUCUCUCUCUCCUCUAACUCAGUGAACUCGGCCAUGACUCCGCCGCGGUGGGAUUAAAGUGUCCGGAGGAUCAGUGUGUCCAGCGAUACCUGCCCCAUGUCGUGUACAGGUCUGAAACGAACACUGGAGCCAGAGGAUAAGGACGAGCCCAAUACCCAGCCCAAGAUGGCAGCCGUAUGGGCAGAGUCUUCCAUGGCGUACUCAUGGCAGAGGCAGACAGUUCUGCAGCUCUCGCUUCAGAAACUGUGCCAUGUUCCAUCUCUGGGCCGCCGCGUCCUCAUUACUAACACGCUCCGGCUCAUUCAGGAGGAAAUCAGCCACCAGGGGGCGCCGUGUCCGAGACCCCCGGCCGAACAGAACCAGAAAUUUCCACAGCAUCAAGCACUUGAAGUCAGUUUGACUCCGGCAUGGGUUCUAGAGCAGGACGGUGAGCCAGAUUUCUCUCCAGACGCUUCCAUUUCACCCAAGGAUGGGUUCGCCUCAACAUUACCAGAACUCAAUGAGCCAAACACCUCAUCAUCCUCUCUCUCUGAACCGGGUACAAAUGGAAUCGAAAAAGAAACUCCAAUGCAGACCAUCUGCCUUGAGCCUCACUUUGACUUUGUGCAGCCCACCUUAAACCACACCUCCUCACCAAUACACCCCUCCCCAUGCCCAGCAAUCCUUCCUGACCUCUCGCUGGACGAUUUCCUCUUCUCAGACCUUGACAACUUCCUGUGCGAGUUGAACCCUUGCACCUUGAACCUGAGUCCUGGUCAGGGUUCACAGUCAAAGGUUGUCUCCAUGGCAACGGAUGACCUCAUGAGGAGUUUGACAAACCAGCCACUCAAAACGGACCUCAAUGAACUGGAACACAUUAUGGAGGUGCUGGUUGGAUCGUAAGACCAGAAUUUAUUAAAGAAUUGGACUUGUAUAUUUAAAUUGCGAUUUUAAAAAAAUAAUUGUUCAAAAUAAGUCAGAUUAAACACCGCUAAAAACAUAAGGCAAAUUGAAUUACUGCAGUGUUGUGAAUUAUGGGCUGUGGUCCAACCCAGUCGCCAUGGAAACGAUUGUAUAUUUAUUUUCGCUUGUAUUUAUUAUAUGGCAGUUAAAACAGGGAUGUAAUAUAUGAGAUUUUUUCAGCUCUAUUUUUGUUUUAAGAGAUUUUACACUUUUAUAAAUAUGAAGGCACACUAUUUUGCUACUGAAAUGACUAUGAAA